CAAAGAGGGAGGAGGACCAGGCCUGAGGAGGAAAGAUGGCAGGGACAGCGCGCCAUGACCGAGAGAUGGCGAUCCAGGCCAAGAAAAAGCUCUCCAAGGCUACCGACCCCAUUGAGAGGCUCCGACUGCAGUGCCUGGCCAGGGGCUCCGCGGGCAUCAAAGGACUUGGCAGAGUAUUUCGAAUUAUGGAUGACAACAACAACCGAACCCUUGAUUUCAAGGAAUUUGUGAAAGGGUUAAAUGAUUAUGCUGUGGUCAUGGAAAAGGAAGAGGCAGAAGAGCUUUUCCAGAGGUUUGAUAAGGAUGGGAGUGGAACCAUAGACUUCAAUGAAUUUCUUCUCACAUUAAGACCUCCAAUGUCCAGAGCCAGAAAAGAGGUAAUUAUGCAAGCUUUUAGAAAGUUAGACAAGACUGGAGAUGGCGUUAUAACAAUUGAAGACCUCCGGGAGGUGUAUAAUGCAAAACACCACCCAAAGUACCAAAAUGGAGAAUGGUCAGAGGAGCAAGUAUUCAGGAAAUUUCUGGAUAACUUUGAUUCACCCUAUGACAAAGAUGGUUUGGUUUCAAAAGAAGACUUUCUGAACUACUAUGCUGGUGUUAGUGCGUCUAUUGACACCGAUGCUUAUUUCAUUUUAAUGAUGACAAAAUCCUGGAGUUUAUGACGUUAGUCUAUGAAUUCUUUUGAAAAUCAGGGACUCCCACAGCAGAAUGAGUUUGAAAGAAAUACAAUGUUAUAGAUGUUGAUAAGGUGUCAGCUCCAGUCCCUGAAAGACCUGAACAUUAAAAGUGAUAGAUCGUUGGUCAUUUUACCUAGAACAUGUUCAUUUCCAUAAAUGCCUGAGGAAAUAUUUUUAACUCUGAAAUAAAGGGAAGAAAGAAAGAGCAGAAGACAGGAUGAAAGGAAAUGUGAAAGUGAGGCUGGGAAGCAGUGCCUGCGUGAGACUCUGCUGGUGAGAGGCCUUCUUCUUAGGGCUGUAAAUGCAGCUUCCACUCUGUUUACCUCUUUGGAGUCUGUAGCUGGAGGUGAUAAUCAAGAACAGCAGGAACAUCUGACUGUAAAACUUCCUGGACUUACUUAUGUCAAUGUCUUUCUUGCUACUUUCCAAAUAAAAUUUAUUUUAU